AUGCUUCCUAUAAGACGAAGCAAUUUAGGUAGAAGAACCAGAAAUGCUACAAACCAAGCUAAUUACCGAUCUAAUCGUACUGCACAAGAACGUGACGACGGAAAUGAACGUGAAAGAAUUCGGAUAUCACAAACGCGUGAAGCGCGAGCGCGACAUUCAACUAAUAAUCGCGCAAGUUUGAAUCGAGCUGCUUUCAGUUACGAUGUGUCAAUUGACUACAGUAACUACCAAUGUGUUGUUAUUGGUUCUAUGAACUCGGUUUGCUCACACUGUAAGGCAUUAAAAUACAAAAACGAAGCCAAUGGAUUGUGUUGCGCAAAUGGUAAAGUGAAAUUGAUACCAUUGGAUCCACCACCAGAACCAUUGUACUCAUUGGUUUCAGGAAUAGGAACAGAUUCUAUACACUUUUUGACACAUAUCCAACAAUAUAACAAUUGCUUUCAAAUGACUUCAUUUGGGGCAACAAAUGUAGUUCGGGAAAAUUUUAUGCCAACUUUCAAGAUACAAGGGCAAAUAUAUCACAGAGCAGGUUCACUGUUACCAGUGUCAGAUAGCGACAACAAAUUCCUGCAAAUUUAUUUUAUGGGCAAUUCACCACAAGAAAUUGAUCUGCGUUGUGCACAUAACAAUUUAGUAAAGAGGUCUAUUGUAGAACAAUUACAAACUUUAUUUCAUCAACACAAUCAAUUGAUUAUAUUGUUUAAAACUGCCCUGGAUCUGAUGCCAUCCGAUAAUCACAAAAUUGUAAUCAGAGCUGAUAAAACACCUGCAGGUCAACAUACAAGACGUUUUAAUGCACCAACUAUUGAUGAAGUUGCUAUCGUUGUAGUUGGAGAAAACUUGGAAUCCCGUGAUAUUGUUUUACAUCGUCGGAAUGAUCAAUUACAACGUGAAGAUGGCUACGAUUUCUCAAUAAAAAUGAUAAAUCCCAUUACAGGUUCUGAAACCAACAAAAAAGUCAGUUCAAUGAACUAUUAUUCAUACCGCCUAAUGAUUCGGGAAAAUGAAGAUAAUCACAUAUUGAAAUGUCGGCGAUUAUAUCACAAAUAUGCUGUUGAGAUGUAUGUUAAAAUUGAAACGGAGAGAUUAACAUUCAUCAGGUUGAAUCAAACCAAACUCCGAUCUGAAGAGUAUAUUCACCUUCGAGAUGCGAUUAAUACUGAUGGAAAUGCACAGAAUGUCGGUCGGAUGACUAUUCUUCCAGCAACAUACAUCGGAAGCCCUCGGCAUAUGCACGAAUAUGCUCAAGAUGCCAUGUCGUAUGUUCGUCAUUAUGGUACAGCAGAUUUGUUCAUCACAUUUACAUGCAAUCCGCAAUGGAUAGAAAUCAAGCAGGAGUUAUUCUCUGGGCAAUCACCCAUUGAUCGUCAUGAUAUUACAGCCAGAGUCUUUAGACAAAAGUUGAAAUCUUUAAUGGAUUUCAUCGUAAAACAUAAUGUGUUUGGUGAGACACGCUGCUGGAUGUAUUCUGUGGAGUGGCAGAAACGAGGAUUGCCACAUGCACACAUUUUGAUUUGGUUGGUUGAAAAGAUAAGGCUAAAUGAAGUUGAUGCAGUGAUAUCAGCUGAAAUCCCUAAUGUACAAGUAGAUCCUGGAUUGCAUGAGGUAGUUAUCAAAAACAUGAUACAUGGUCCCUGUGGAACUCUUAAUCAAAAUUCACCGUGUAUGAUGGAUGGUAAAUGUUCAAAACGAUAUCCACGCACAUUAAUAUCGGAAACAAUUACUGGUAAUGACGGUUAUCCAUUGUAUCGUCGCAGAUCGACAGCAGACAAUGGAAAAUCAACAAUUGUCAAAUUAAAUCAACAAGAUAUUGAAAUAGAUAAUCGUUGGAUUGUUCCAUAUUCACCCAUUUUAUCAAAGACAUUCAAAGCACACAUCAACGUUGAAUUUUUGUUUGACUGA